AGCCUAAAAUUUGCCCAAAGUAUUUUGUGUACAAUGAAUGUUGCUCAUGCCUCAUACCUUGAGUGAUAUGUGUUUUCCUUAAUGGUUUGUGUGUGUGUGCUCACAAUGAACGAGAAAAGACCCGCGGGGCCUCCAUAAUUAUCAGCAUGGAAGGAAAUACCACUCGGAUAAUUAAACCCCGUUCCGGGGAUGCAGACGUGAAGACGUUCACAUUUGACUACAGUUACUGGUCACAUGAUGGUUUUGUCGCCCUGGACAAUGGUUACUUAGCACCAGAGAAUGAGCAAUUUGCUGACCAGAAACGCGUGUUUUCCGACCUGGGGGAAGGAAUUUUGGAAAACGCUUGGAAUGGAUACAACUGUUCGCUCUUUGCUUAUGGCCAGACUGGCUCGGGAAAGACCUACUCUGUUGUUGGUGGCUCGGCAAACAAAGGCAUCUUGCCCUUGUUUUGUGAGCGUCUCUUUGAAGACAUUGAGCGAAAGCAAGAAUCUGCAGCAGAAGGCACAGAAUUUCAGGUGUCCCUCAGCAUGGUGGAGAUCUACAAUGAGCAAGUACGGGACCUUUUGAAUCCACAAAGUGGGAGACAGGGAGGUCUGCGCAUCAGGGAGAAAGUUGACCACGGGUUCUUUGUGGAGAAUUUGUUAACAGUGCCUGUUGGGAGCUACGGCGACAUUGACAGUCGAAUUCAAGAAGGGACACGGAACCGAACGAUUGCUGCUACACACAUGAACGCCACUAGCAGUCGGGCGCACACCAUUGUUGCUAUCACCUUCGUGCAGAAGGCAAUGAGCGACGGUGGCCACACCCUGCAGAAGUCCUCAACCAUCAAUAUCGUGGACCUGGCUGGCAGUGAGCGAGCAGGCAACACUGGGGCCGCCAGGGAAAGGCUUAAGGAAGGCUGCAUGAUCAACCAGUCUCUCUCCACGCUCGGCAAUGUUAUAAAAGCACUCGCUGAUCAGGGAAAAGGAGUUCAAAAAUCUACAGUACUGCCAUUCAGAGAUUCGGUACUCACAAAAUUAUUGAAAAAUGCCUUGGGAGGCAACAGCAAGACCAUCAUGAUUGCAGCGCUGAGCCCUGCGGAUGUCAAUUAUGAGGAAACCUUAUCCACCCUCCGCUUUGUGGACCGGGCAAAGGCAAUCCGAGUGCAGGCGGUGGUGAAUGAGAGCCCGACCAGCCGUCUCGUCCGUGAGCUACAGCAGGAAAACAUGCGACUGCAAGAGCUGCUGAGCCAGGCCAGCUACGGCGCUGAGAAGUCUUCCUCACCUGCCUCUUUUAAUGAAGAGUUGGAAUCCCUGCGCCAGCAGCUGGAGCAGAACCGGCGGGAGAUGGAGCACAUGGCCAUGAGCUGGGAACAGAGGCUGGCAAGCGAAAGGCUUGCACAUCAGCAAAAGCUGAAGGAGGAAAAGGAGCUGCGGGAAAAAAGGAAGACGAUACCUCACUUGUGGAACUUGAACGAAGACCCUGCACUUAAUGGCCUUCUCUGUCAUUUCAUCCCAGAAGGAUCCCUGUCUAUUGGAAACGGCAAGUCGGAAAACCCGGCUGGAAUAAUUUUGCACGGGGUCGGGGUGCUCCCUCAUCAUGCCUCGGUGAAUAAUAAGGAUGGUGUCAUCAUCCUGGCACCGUCACCAGAGGCCAGGGUGCUCAUAAAUGGCUGCCCUCUCACCCAGCCCGCCCUCUUGAACCACAAUGACAGGCUCCUGCUUGGUGCAUCACAACUUUACGUCCUGUAUGACCCCAAAGCAGUGUCUGUGGACUCUGGAGGAGAUCACAAGCAAACUGUAACGUUUGACAAAGCUCAGGAGGAGAUUGCUUGUAACAGUGGCCUCUGCAUGGCAGUGGGGGGUAAUUCCUCCGAUGAUGCGCUGAUUUGGGAGGAUUUGCUGUCCUUGCUGCCGGCGUUGUGGGAAGGUAACGGCAUCGGAGAGGAGCUGGGAAAGGGGACGCGUUUCGAGGUGGUGCUCACCGCUUCGGAGGGUCAUGGGAAACACGCGGGCCUCACGCAGGUGCGUGUUAAGAUGACACACCUGGCAUCUGGCCUGGAAUUCCUGCUGCGCCCGAGGGAGUUCCUGGGCAGACGGUUUCUUAUGCAAGAGAUGUACCAGCGGUACCUGCAGGGCGACGACUGGGAUCUGCCCCGGGACAAGGACCCGUUUUGGGAAUGUCCGGAGAGCACCGUGUCUGUGGGUGUGGUCCAGGUCGCCCUGCAGCCUCUUUCCCACCAGCUGGCGGUUAGCGAGACUUACCCCGUGCUGGAUUGUCAUGGGCAGAAGCAGGGGCACCUGCGUGUGCUCAUCCAGCCGUGUGACUCUGAUGGUGCGCCAAAACGGCAACAAGUCGGCGAUCCAAACGAGCUGGUAGGAGCAGCAAUGAUUGGCAAGCAACUGCACCUCCUAAUAAGGAUUUUGGGAGCCCGAGGUAUUCCUGAGCACUUCACUAAGACUCACUGUAGAUUUAAGCUGUUUUGUGAAGAUGAGGAUGAGACUGCAGAAGUGGCCUCAAGUAACCCUGACUACAACUUUGAGAAGACCUUUUUCUUUAAUCCUGUCACUGAGGAGUUUUUAGAUUACAUUGCAAAGUCUGUUCUCACCAUUGAAGUCUGUGGAACACAAGUUGAAAGGGUGCAGGAAGACAAAGCUCAGUGUGGACAAGAAAGGGACCAAACGGGUCCAAGCAAAAACCAUAUGUUUUAUAUCCAGGAUGCUGAAACGGUGCGGCAACUGGAGGAAGCCGAGCGGAAACUGAUUGUUCUGUCAGACUUUGUUUAUCAAGCACAUCGGGAUCGUGCAACAGUUGUCUUACUGAAAGACAUCCAGACGGCACUGAGUGGAGAGACGCCAGUAUACCGCGAGCUGGUACCAGGGCCUCUUUUCCGGCGCGUGGGAGCCUCAUGUCGCCAUGACCCACACCCUGACAUCUCCACCGUCUGUGUUAUCAUAUGAUGCUCACGGGGCUAUGUAGCAUGUGUUUCCCACCACUGGGCCACCUUUCUGUCAGAUUCCAACAUUCGCUGGGGAGAUGGAAGUUAACACUGAUCAUCUGAAUGCAAAAGUCUGACCUUAGCAUGUGAGCAGUAAAUAUUUUCCACCCAUAUUCGCUGGUGGCUUUAGCAGAUGUCUGAAAUGGCCUGUCAUUUAGAAAUCUGGCUUUCAUAGUUUACAGAACUUUUGAAGUGUGAAAGUGGUGAGCAUAAAUCUAGGGUUUUUGCUUCUUUCUUGUGGGUCUCGUAAUGGGAAUAUGAUAUCUAAAUUUUUUUUUUCAGAAUCAUGAUAUGUAAUUAUACUGGAGGAAUCCGAUGAGAUAUAAAGCUCUUUUUCACAGCCGUUCAAUAGUUUCACAGAUGUCCAGAAGUUUUACAUGUGACAUGCUGCAAAGUGUCCUUGUCGGACCCUUUCAGUUUCUUGUGUGGUCAAAUAAUUCUCCUUGUGGCCUCAGCUAAGAUGUUUUUUAAAAUCAUAAUUUCAUCAAUUGAGAUAUAAACGAUGCUGAAAGUGUGUUUGGCUGGAAGAGUGAAUCUAAACUUUAUUCUAAAUAUGAUACAAUUUUAUUUAUACAGGUUUCCCUCACUUUAUGCGAGUUAGGUUUGUGCGAUUUUGCAUUCAUGCGGCUUAUCUGUUACUACCCAAAAUUCACUACAUGUGGUUUUAAUUUACUCAAAUGCAGCUAUGUGGUUGGACGUGGGACAACAUUGUGUGUAUUGUAUGCACUGCUCGGCAGGCAGCUGUUUUGUGCGGUGCAUUGUGGAUUGGGUGACUGCACGGUCCAUGCUACGCAAUUUCGAUUUGUGCUUCAUUUUUUGGGAACACAUCUACCGCAUAAAGCGAGGGAAACCUAUAUAGCAUCCAAGUCCUAGCGCAUUGCAAGAAAGUACAGAACGUGUAGGAAUAUUUUUUUAUUGAGGGAAAGACGCAGUCAAAAGAAUACAGAAAAGUCUUGAGCCUUGACUAUGUGGAGAAAGUCGACUGUACGGACGUUGGGGGAAGGGAUUUGCACACUAUGGGGACAGCAGAGGGGAUUAAAUUAUCUCACUGAGCGAAGGUCGUCGAGUGGGCCUUCAACAGAGAGCCUUAGUUGCUGGAGCAGAGAGUGAGUAGAGGAGAUUGAGUGAGAAAAUUAUUAUGACUUGAGAGAUAGGGAGGGAUGAGUCCAUAGAGGUUGUAAGGUAGUAUUGAAAUUGAUCCAGGAUUGGAUUGAAACCCAGUGGAGGGAGUGAAUGUACUUUGAAAGCUCUAAUUAUUUUCCACGUGAUCAAUAAGUUCAUCCCACCGAGUCCAUUUCAUAAUUUGAAUGUCACCCACUGCAGAUCAUUGUCACUUGUAACAUUUAGCGAUUUACAGUGAGGGAAAACAGUAUUUGAUCCCCUGCUGAUUUUGUAUGCUUGCCCACUGACAAAGAAAUGAUCAUUCUAUAAUUUUAAUGGUAGGUUUAUUUGAACAGUGAAAGACAGAAUAACA